AUGCUUUACGCAACAUCAGACGUUCACGAAUGUUUUGCGCUGGUUAAAAAGGCUCUCUACCACAAACCAGUUAAAAAAGUUGUUUUCAUCCUCCAUUACCAGGGUGGUAUUGAGGAACUCCUGCAAUACCUGGCCCCUGAGAUAUAUACUACAUUUGGAUCUAUAGCCAACCAUUUCGACAAUCCAUAUCGACAAUUAAUUUCGCAUGACGAGAACUCUGGUUCAGCAGUUAAUAGAAUGCAGAUAACGCCAGGUCACGACCGCGCAAUUCGACACAUAGAGCAUUAUGCCAACUCAUACGACUUUGCGAGCCGAUUUGGAGUGCUUAACUUUACAAAAAGAGCACUUCAGAACCACCUCGAGAACCAUUUUAUGGGUAAGGUAUUCGUGAAUCCAAGGUUAGGACAUCAGUUGAAUCAGCACUAUCUUGAUACAAUAUUUCCUCUUGAUAAAACCAAUAGUUUUACGAGAGACCCUCAAGAAGGCGACUUUAUGGAUUUGAAUGCCGUUUUAAAGGGGUCUGGUCAGGACGGGAUGAAGGAAGAAUCUAGAGCAUCACACCUCCUUUUCAAGAAGCUAGAUUCGGGCCAGGAGGAGACAGACAUUUUCAAUUUUAGCCCCGUUUUGACAUCGGACACAGGCGUGAACAAGGGAGGUAUUCAAUCAAAGUUGAAAACUCGUGAUCUUAGUAGAUUAUGGCAGUAUCGCAACGGCGGUCGUGCCAAGUUGCCACGAUUUUCGUUCCUUCCCUAUGUCGCAACUAUCUAUCAUACUUCAGUUGGCAAAUACGAAAGCAUGCAAUACAUUUAA